CACAGCACGGGAUGAGGUCAGAACGCAACGAAGAAACUGUGCCCGUAACGCGGACAGUGGCACUGGUGCUGCUGCUGAGCGUUACGGUGCUGAUGGGCACCGUCCGGUGCUCAGCAGAGACGCCCGAUCCGUUUACCGACGCCUCCGAUGGCCCAGACUGUACGGUGCAGGUCGGUAGUGGGUUGCUGAAGCAGCUCGGCACCCUGACCGACGCACCGCUCGAGUGCUCGACGGCGUGGACCACGCUGCUGCUCGGUUUUCACUACACGCGCAAAAACCUGACCGAGUGCGUGGAGCGCGAAGAACGGACCCGGGCCGACCAGUCGAGCAACAACUUCUGUGAACUGCUGCUCGACGACUUACGGCGUCAGAUGCGCCAGGAGCGGCAGCGGCUGACCGGUGAGUCCGACCAGCGGAUCCAGGCGGUGCAGCUCGAGCUGAACGAGGAAAAGUCACGGUCGGUCCAGCUGCAGGGCCGAGUUGGGACGGUACAGCAGGAGCUGACCAAGCUGUACCAGGAGCUCGUACUGGCCACCGUUGCCACCGGCGAUACGAAGCAAGCGCACGAGUACUACCAGCGGUGCCAGCAGCAGAAAGUGAACCUGCCGUCCCUGUACGAGGCGCUCAUCCGCAACAUCUACCGUAAGACGGCGAACCAGGUGGAUCGCAUCGACAACCUGCUCGACUUUGUCCGCCACCUGGACGACACCGACCAGAAGCUGGCCAUCUACCGGUUGCUGAAGGUGGAGCUGCUGAAGCGUGGCGCCGAAGCCGCACCGCUCGUGAUGGCGUACGAUGCGUUGGACGCGAGUGCGGUCGAUACGAGCAGCCCGCUGCAGAAGCUGUACCUCGACGUCGCCACACCGAUCCUGGACCGGUGGCGCAAGCUGAUCAUUGCCGGCGAGUGGCGCCAGGUGCGGGACUUUGCCGAACGCUACCCGGACUACUACAAGCGCUGCUACACGACGCUGUUCACCGUCGAUGCGACGACGUGGAAGUCGCUCACCUUUGGCAAGUACCUGCUGCUGAUCAACACGCUGCCCCGGUCCAGCUUCCGGAUGGAGGCGUUCGCGGUCGUGUUCGGGCUGGUGCGCCGGUACGAGAAGGAAUUGCCGCUCGAGCGGCUCAAGCUGCUCGCCGCCCACACCGACAUCUUCGAGAAGUUUAUCAAGCGCAAGGGGGUGGGCCAGGAGGCGCAGGACCGGCUGGCGAAGGUGAAGGACAUGUUCAAGGGCUUCAAACCGAACACCGACUACGCCUACUACCUGAAGGAGUACAAGAAGACGAAAACGAAGGGUGUCUGAAGGGAAAGCACGGCCCGGCACGGCAUGGCACGGCCACAGAUCCCCCCCCCCCGCACCCCCGCCUAAA